AUGGCAGCUUCAACAUAUUUAUCUUUGUCAUUUGUAAAGAUGGUAGCAAUAGAGAAGACAACAAAAGCACAAGAAUACGUUAAACAAAUGAUGAACCAAUAUCCUUCUUCUCAACCAAUCAAACUAUGUGCAACUGAGAAGUAUGAUACGUUGAUAAACCAAUUAAAAGGUGUGUUGAUUGAAGAUCCUGACAUUAUAGACAUGAAGGCCAAAUAUGCUGCCGAUGCACUUGACGAAUGUGAAACCGCUUUAGCCGGUGAAAAGAUAGUUAAUGUUUCCUCCAUUUAUACCUUGAAUAACAACAUGAUGUUACUUGCUGACAUUGUAAGAAUAACAGCAUCAAACAUAUAA